CCAUCACGCACAACUUGAGUCCAGGCAGCCCGGUCAGAGCAGACGCCUGUCCGGAUGGAGGACGAGUCUCUCUGCUGACUUGUAUCAGUACUCGUGACACGCGGCAUGAUCGGCAUUUGGAAAUGUAGUUAUUUGCAUUUUUUUUAUUUUUUAUUUUUGCGGAAAAGGAGCUCGCGCGGAGAGUGUUAUUCCAGGGAUGUGAUUAUGGUAUCUUUAUGUUGCGUGCACAGUCAGCGUGAUUUGCUAUGGUGAUACUACAAGCUAACCCUAAGCUAGCAGAGGGAUUUGUUUGGGAGAUGUCUUUUUGAAAACGAAGAAGAAGGAAAAACUAUACGGUGACACUUUUUGUGAACAUUCGUCAAGCUGGAACACAAGGGGGAAUGUCUAACCAAGGAGUUAGGAGAAAUGGCCCAGUAAAGCUGCGGUUGACUGUCCUGUGUGCAAAGAACCUGGCAAAGAAAGACUUCUUUCGACUGCCAGAUCCCUUUGCCAAGGUGGUGGUGGACGGUUCAGGACAAUGCCACUCUACCGAUACCGUGAGAAAUACCCUGGACCCAAAGUGGAAUCAACAUUAUGAUCUAUACAUUGGAAAGUCAGACUCCAUAACCAUCAGUGUAUGGAACCACAAGAAGAUCCACAAAAAGCAGGGCGCAGGUUUCCUGGGCUGUGUCCGCCUCCUGUCCAACGCCAUCAACAGACUCAAAGACACAGGCUAUCAGAGACUGGACCUGAAUAAGCUGGGCCCUAAUGACAAUGAUACUGUAAGAGGACAGAUAGUAGUAAGUCUUCAGUCCAGAGAUCGCAUCGGAUCUGGAGGCCCAGUGGUAGACUGCAGUCGCCUGUUUGACAACGACUUACCUGACGGCUGGGAAGAGAGGAGGACGGCCUCUGGAAGGAUACAGUACCUGAACCACAUCACGCGCACCACACAGUGGGAGAGACCAACCAGACCGGCAUCAGAGUACUCUAGCCCAUCAGGGCGCCCACUGAGCUGUGUGGUGGAUGAAAACACCCCAGUGAUGACCCCUGUUAAUGGGGCAGAGGCGAGUGGCCCUCCGGGCGAACAGCGGAUCCAGGAGAGAAGGGUUCGAUCUCAGCGGCAUCGUAACUACAUGAGUCGAACACACCUACACACACCGCCAGAUCUACCUGAGGGUUAUGAACAAAGAACAACUCAGCAAGGCCAGGUCUACUUCCUCCAUACGCAGACUGGAGUCAGCACAUGGCAUGAUCCCCGGGUGCCAAGGGACUUAAGUAAUGUAAACUGUGAGGAGCUUGGCCCACUGCCACCAGGCUGGGAGAUCAGGAACACUGCCACCGGCCGUGUCUACUUUGUUGACCACAACAAUCGAACAACACAGUUCACAGACCCCCGACUGUCUGCUAACCUGCAUCUAGUGCUCAAUAGCCCAAGUCCAAAUGGUUCCCGUGUGGCCAUGGACAGCCAAAACACUAACCUCAGCCAUCCAACUCAGUUGAAGGACCAAGUUGGUCCUGGUGGCCCUCAGCAAGCCCUGUCCCCAGCCCAGUUACCAGAAGAGGCAGAGUGCCUGACAGUUCCCAAGUACAAGAGAGACCUGGUGCAGAAGCUGAAGAUUCUGCGACAGGAACUUUCUCAGCAUCAACCUCAGGCAGGCCAUUGCCGCAUUGAGGUCAGCCGUGAGGAGAUCUUUGAGGAGUCAUACCGGCAGGUGAUGAAGAUGCGCCCAAAAGAUCUUUGGAAGAGACUUAUGAUCAAAUUCAGAGGAGAAGAGGGACUGGAUUAUGGCGGAGUAGCUCGGGAGUGGUUGUACCUGCUGUCCCAUGAGAUGUUGAACCCCUACUAUGGCCUCUUCCAGUACUCCAGAGAUGAUAUCUACACUCUGCAAAUUAACCCAGACUCUGCUGUCAACCCAGAGCACCUGUCAUACUUCCACUUUGUGGGUCGCAUCAUGGGCAUGGCAGUGUUUCACGGCCACUACAUUGACGGAGGCUUCACUCUGCCCUUCUACAAACAGCUGCUAGGAAAACCGAUCACGCUGGACGAUAUGGAAUCUGUUGAUCCUGACCUACACAACAGCCUCGUCUGGAUUUUGGACAAUGAUAUCACUGGCGUCCUGGACCACACUUUCUGUGUGGAGCACAAUGCUUAUGGAGAAAUCAUCCCACAUGAACUCAAGCCCAAUGGGAAGAGUAUCCCUGUGACAGAAGACACCAAGAAAGAAUAUGUCCGGUUGUAUGUGAACUGGCGUUUUCUUCAUGGCAUUGAAGCUCAGUUUCUGGCCCUGCAGAAGGGUUUCAAUGAGGUUAUCCCACAGCAUCUGCUCAAAGCCUUUGACGAGAAGGAAUUAGAGUUAAUUGUGUGUGGCCUGGGAAAGAUCGAUAUUGCUGACUGGAAGGCCAACACCCGUCUGAAGCAUUGCACCCCUGACAGCAACAUUGUCAAGUGGUUUUGGAAAGCUGUGGAGUCAUUUGACGAGGAGAGGAGGGCCCGGUUACUGCAGUUUGUUACUGGCUCAUCCAGAGUCCCACUGCAAGGCUUCAAGGCUUUACAGGGUGCUGCAGGGCCCAGACUCUUCACCAUCCAUCAGAUUGAUGCCAACACCAAUAACCUGCCCAAAGCCCAUACCUGCUUUAACCGGAUUGACAUUCCGCCCUAUGAGAGCUAUGACAAGCUAUACGACAAGCUACUGACAGCGAUCGAGGAGACGUGUGGCUUUGCGGUGGAAUGAGAGCCAGUUUGGAGUGUAUGAACAUGUGUAACUGUGCAGGACUAUAGCGGACUACUUUUGUCACUGUGACGUGCCGACAGAUUCACUUUGAGUGUGCGUCCAGGCUACAGUCUUCCUCUUCUCUCACCACUGUCCACAUUCUUCCCUUAUCGAUACGUUUGAACAGCUGCUAUGGAGUCCUCCCUGUCAUUGUCAGCAUCUUAAAAAAUUCUUUGUUUGAAAAAUUCCUCCCAGAUAUUUAGCAGCCAUUAUACUUCUUUGUUUGUUUUGCUGUUUUUUACUGACUGAUCCAUGUCAUGCUACUGAAUCUUUGACACUGCAGGUAGCCACACACACACACACACACACACACCCCUUAGGUGCCACCUUAAUCUCAACAGAUAACACCUUCCGAUUCUCCUGGAGCUGGUGCACUUGAUCUUGUAGGAGUGCCACGAAUUGAUCCUACCUCGGUGUACUGCGUCGAUAUCGAUAGGGUUUCCAUUUCAGAAUGCUACAUGUUCAUAAUUAGUUUGAUUUUCACACCAGCAGUCAUUUCGUAACUGUUAAGUCAUGUCACAUCUGAGCAGUGAGCAUGUCAUUUUGAAGUGGAACUCAUCACGACUGAGUCGUGUGUCGGUCCCGUGUUUUGUGGCGUUUUGAGGGAUGGACUCUGGUGACGAAGAAUUUUCAGUAAUCUUUUCUCCGUAAAUCACUGCAGUGUAGCCACAGUUCGUGUAAGUACGUAUGUUUCUGCAUGUGUCCAAGUAAAAAGUAGACACGUCGUAGCUGCCCUUAAUUUCCUCACCGAAUCCAGUUCAUCUUCCUUUUCCCUCUCGUUCACACAUUUGUCUCGAGCAGCAUGUCUGUUUCUUUUCUUUCUUUUUUUUUCUUUUUUUUUAUAUCCAGGCAAGCUUGCCUCAACCCACUUAAUGUCAAAACAUAUGUGAAAAGAGCACAGGUGUCCACGGUAUGAGGCUCGACAAAAAGCUGUUCAGGGCAGUUUUCUGAUUUCAGUCACAUCAUCAGUUUAAACAGGCAGAAGUUUUUCUCUCUCUAUCUCUUGUCACUUUAGAGCACUUUACAAACUGAGCAGUAAUAGCAGGAGUGCUUUCUUCACAUUAGAUUCAGAUAUAUGUUUCAUUUGCUAUACAACUACAUUUGAAAUAUUCAGAGUAAAAAGUAUCUAUACACCUGUAAUUUUUAAGUAUAUAUGUACAAAUACAUAGUUAUUUUGUAUAUUGUUGCUUGUUCUUUCUGUUCAGUUUAAAUGCAAGCAUGUUGAUGUCUGUCACAGACCUCUUUGCAUUCUCAGGUGAAGUUGUCCUUUUUCUUUUUUUUUUUUUAUUUUACAUUAGGCUAGUAUGUGAGGAGGGGAUAAAACUGUAUACAGGGGCCCUUUCUGUAAACCUUUAAAACUUAGCAGUUUAAAGUGACAUUUUCUUUUGCUCUUUCACUGUCACUUCUUAACAAAAAUACCUUCUCACAGGAGACCACAUUUGCUGCUCUGGAGGUCUGCUAGCACAGACAGCGAUGUUUUUUCACAUGUAGGGGGACAACUUUCAGCUUGACAACGUUAAUUUUGUUUUCAAUCAAAGACUCUGCUGGUGCUGUUGGUAACUUGAGAUCUUAAGAGCUGCAAAUGCUGAAGGUUGACUGCUGCUGAUCUCCGGGGGUGCUACAUGGUGAAAAUGUUUAACCAAAAUGAAAAGUCACAGAAAACUAGAGAGGCGAACAGCAAAGCCUCCAUCCAAAAAAUAAAAACACUGCAUGAAUGGAUGCUUGAGAUUAAAGCCUAUUUAAUUGUUCCUCUUAGAAAACUUUUUAACUUGGAAAGAAUCUAAUAAAUGUUCUUUUUUUUUUUUUUUUUAAUAUGUACUCUGCAUUUAUUUGCAGGUAUCCCUCACAUCAUAAACCGUUUUUUUUUCCUUUUGUUCAGCAUGAGACAAAACAAAUAAAAGUGAGUGCAUUGAAAACAUGGUUUUUGUCCAGUCAUAGAGAUAUUUGAUUUUACCUUUAAAAACUUUACUCAGAUCUGGAAAAUAAAUGCAUUACAAGGGUUAUUUUUUUUUCUUUGCACACAUUAUGCAUACUUGGACUCCCAAGUUAUAAUCCAAAACUUCCUUCUAUUUACCAAAUAGUUAUUGGACUAAAUAUUUUUCUUUAUUAGAUGACAUAUAUAGACUCACGUGUGUUUGUCCAGAGUACACAGUCCACUUCUGCUCUUUGUUGCUGCCUUUAGUUUUUCAGACGGUUUAGUCUUCCGUACAAAAAUUGUUGGCUCCGAGCGCUUCCAGAUGAGGGGAAAGUCACCCCCCACCCCUGUUAAGCAGCCAAAUUGAUCAGACAGUCUCAACAAUUUUACAGAUAAACGAUCUUUUGAAGCAACAUCUGCAAUACAAAAAGCUCAAAACUUAAAUCUGGUUCGGGUCAAAACUGUGCACUUGAAAGAGCAACUGGUUACAAACCACAAGUUAUUUAGUGUUCAGCAGACUCUCCCCUUUAAUUCCUCUGUGUGUGAGUGGGUUAAUGACUUUUGAUGGAAAUCAGUACAAAACAAAUCCUUUUUUUAAAAAAACAAAACAAAAAACUGCACCAUUUUUUCCUUUUGAAUUCUGUUUUUGUAUUUAUUAUUACAGUAUAUGUUUGCAUAGUUUUUAACAUCAGCUGCUCUGUGAGUUUGUAACUGACACCUGUACAUAAAGACAAUAAAGAAGCAAAGUCAUAAACUUCUUGUACCCUUGCAGAAGGCUGAGCAAUAAAACUGUGCUGUUUGGACCUAACAGCAUUAUGUUUUAUAGAA